CCUCGCCGAUCUGAAGCGCGCUUUAAGGGAACCUCCGAGUCUUACCCCUCCUUUCCUUAUUUUCCGUCCUAGUCUGGGAUCCGGACGCCGAGAUCUCGAAUCAGAGAAAACCGCGAUUUCUGCGGCGCAUAUAUCGCCGCCGCCAAAUCUCCGCAGCCAAUUUCGUCGGAUCAGGGAUCUCCUCCAGUGUGGAGUAUUGAUGGAUAAAAUGAAGAGUUGCUACUUGGGGGCCUAGAAAAAAAAACUUGGUUUAUGCAGUCUGGAUGAGCAGUGGAAAUGCUAUUGACUGUGGAAGGAGGAGGAUUUUUUUCUUCUUCAGCAUCAGGGUAUAGUAAAGGCCUUGCCCUUCUGUUCCUUGGCCGGAGUUACGAAGAAAGGCUGAUGAGAGUUUCACCGUGGAAUCAGUAUCAACUGGUUGAGCAGGAAGUUGAGACAGGAUUUCAACUGGCUUCAAGGAAGAACCAAUCUUCUUGUGGAUGUGCUUCCUUCAUCUGCUUUGGUUGUGCACCUGCAGGAAUUGAUGGUUCAUCUCCUCCUAAAGUGGGUCCUGCAUGUCAGCCUGAAGUUUUAUCAGAUUCUUCUUCUUCUUCUUCUUCUUCUUCUUCUUCCUCUUCUGAUAAGGGCAAGUUAGCAAUUAGUGAUGCUGUUAAUGGGAAUGGAAGAAACACUUGUCUUAAGAGCAAUCUAAAAUGGCCCUCCACAGACUCUUCAGCAGUGGUUACUGAAGUUGAUGAUGCACAUGAAUCUGUGGAAGAGAUGCCAAAUAAUACAUCUCGCUGUGUUGAAAGAAGGAAGGUGCAGUGGACUGAUGCAUGUGGAAAAGAGCUUGCUGAGAUAAGGGAGUUUGAAGUCAGUGAUGAUGGUUUAUCAGAUGAAGAAUUUGAACAUGAAGGUAUUGGAAGAUGUGAGUGUGUGGUUCAGUAGAUUUUAUCUUCUAUAAGACUGGAUCAAUGGACGGAAGAAGGCAGGCUUGGUUCUCUUCUCUGGCAACCGAACAACUGUGUCAUGUGAUCAGGCAGAUGCUCGCAAAGUUCUACAACUUUCCACAGUAAAGUUGCCUGUUGCUUGCCUUUAUCAUCUACAGAGAUAUUCUUUGAACUGAUUGCUCGCAGGGAGGAGAUCACAACAUAGGCAACAAUUUUGAGACUGACUCCAUUGUCCAUUUCCUUUGUUUCAGCCCAUGUUUGAGAUAUCCUGCAUCCCUUUUUCAGGAUUUCAAAUUUGUCAAUUUGGCAUCUCAAUCUCCUUGUAUCUUGCUCAUCUUUAAUUUUAACCUUUAUCACACAAUGUUUUAUUUGCUUGCUGAUUCUACUAUGUGUUAGUCUGUUGCCACUUAUUUUGAUGACCAUGGAUAUCAUUGAUUGGCUCUUGUUUUCA